GAGAGAGAGAGUGUGAGUGAGUGAGUGUGUGUGUCAAGGCCUGGGAGAAGCAAACACCAUGAGGGCUAGGCAAUGAGAGCGAAGAGACAGCGAGGGAACAAGAGCUGCGUGUGCUUUGGGGGUGGGAGAGAGUUCGGGUCAAAGCAGCAGAAGGAAGCGAGAGGGAGGGAGGGAGAUCUCAGGAGACAGACACUGAUAGAGGAAUGGCUUGGGAGAAGUGAGAGACAGACUACAAGGACAGAGGGGGAGGAGAGAGAUGCAGAGACAGAGUGAAGGAGGAAGGGAGUGAGCGAGUGGGACUUGUCCCGUCCCGGGGCCGGCAGCUGGCCCUCGGUAUCGGCCCGCGGCGAUGUUGCAGAAACUGGUGUCUCGCUGGAAUCGCUAUAAGUACCGCCUGGUGCCUUGGAUCGCCCUGAACCUGUGGAAAAACCAGAGGACAGUACGAUUGGUUGCAGAAGAUUCUUUGGAUAAAGUUAUUUCUGAUCAAGUGGUUGAGGCGUCGUUACUGAAGCUAUUUCAGGCUUUGUUCUUGAAUGAUUUGAGCAAUCAAGCUGAAUUUCUUAAUCUGCUGCCAGGAAAUAUCCAAUCAAAGUACAAUGAAAUGUUUACUCAUUUUCAAUCAACCAAACAAAUUGAGAAAAAAUCAAAAGGAAGCGAAAUGGAUUUGAACCCUAAUGAGACAAUAUUUAAAACAUUUGGAUUCAUUAUCAAUCGAGCAACUAGUUCACUUUACUUUGCGGGAAGAGGGGUGUUUGUUACCACAGGCAGAGUGCCAAAAGGAGCCGUUGUUUGCAUGUACCCUGGUACUAUCUAUCAGCAAUAUGAACCUGUCUUUUUCCAGUCAAUGGGCAACUCGUUUAUUUUUCGAUGUAUUGAUGGUGUGUUGAUUGAUGGGAACGAUAAAGGAAUAUCUAAAGUUAUUUAUAAAUCAUGCUGUGGGCGGGACAGGCUUGGCCCUUAUAAAACAAAUGAUGUCUCUUGGCUGACAGAAAUCCCAGUUAAUCCGUUAGCUGUGGGUCAAUACGUCAACAACUGUUCUAAUGAGAAAGCAGCAAAUGUGUGCUAUCAGGAGUUUGAUGUCCCUGCAACAUUUCCUAUAGAGCUCCGUCAGUACAUUCCUAAUGUUAAUUAUGGUCAUAAUGUGGAAAGGCCUUUGCGAUGCGUGGUUCUCGUGGCACUCCGAGACAUAGAAAAGGGAGAAGAGUUAUUCUCUAAUUACUACACAAUAGUACAUUGAAAAACUAGGACAUGAAUUACACCCAGAGCUUCAUCCUAAGCAAUAUGGAGUUUCACAUUUUAAAUAUUGAGUCAGUGGAGAAUUUGAUUUUGUUUUGAUGAUGAGUAUUAUAUGAGGAGGGUGCGGUGCCAAUGACUGCUCGUGUCCUCGUCUGCCUGCUAGGGCAGGAGGUCUGACUUGGUCUGAAGUUGUAGAGGAUAGCCAUUAAUAAGAGUCUUUGUCUUAAACAAGACAUAAUAAUUGCACAGUAGCAAUCUGGUGCAAAGACCUUUGGGCAACUCAGAAUAACAGGUCUGUCCCUUUUGAGAUCCAAUGAUGUUCUGCUUUUCUGUAUCACAUAAUUAAGAAAUGAUCAGAUUGUGAAAAAAUUAAUGCAGACAUCAGAUUAACCUUUCAAAACAAUUGUUGCAUAAGUUUGAGGUUUUUUUUGUGAAAUCUUAUCUGAUUUUCAGACAAAAUAUAGACAGAUUAACAGGCACGAGUACAUAGUCAGCUAGGCUGUGACACUGUUUGAACAAUGUAAAAGUUAA